CUGGCACUGUGCUCUCGUUCGUCCAAGCUUGCAUAAGACCGAGCACACAAGUACUCAGUAGAACAUCGCAUCACUGUGACAACGCCUCUCCUGUGUAUCGAGUAUUAUUUGGAGAGGAUGUUUGCUCGAUAGCAUUUUUGGAGUGACAGACGAAUGUAAUGGAGCAGAAGCAACUAUAGGUACGUCCAGGAAGUGCUGCCAGGUGGUAGUAAUCUCGGGAGAAGAAUGCUACAUAAGGUAGAGACUUUGGGAGGC